GUUUUGACAGCAGGGAAGGCAGCCAUGUUGGCCCACAAGACUUUUAUUAUUAAGCGUAAGCUUGCCAAGAAAUUAAAACAAAACAGACCAAUUCCUCAAUGGGUACGAAUGCGCACUGGAAAUACAAUCCGGUACAACGCUAAGAGGCGUCACUGGAGGAGAACAAAGUUGAAGCUUUAAGCUUACUGUCUUGUUACUGUUAAGUAAAUAAACAAUGUAAA